ACACACACACACACGCACACACACACACACACACACACUCUCUCUCUCAUGAGUCAGAUGACAGUAAGUUUCACUUCUCAUGAAACCAGAGCUGCUGCAGAGAAACAGUGAAGACGCUUGUUCACUCUUUCAGCUUGGCAAACACACUUCAUCCUGCAGUAAUUCAGGCGACCCAGGAAAAUGCUUCCACUCGUGGUAGCAGUGCUCAUGCUCGUCUCCUCGUCUACCUGUGGAGAAAACCCUGCAGUGCAAGUCGUCCUGAAUAACAAAGGACUUCAGUACGGAAAGCAUGUGGGUGCAGGUUGGAUCCAGGACAGGUUGAAGCUCUUCUCUCUCCCUGAGAUCAGUGGUAAAGUCUUGGACAUACACUAUACACUAUCGGGCAUCAACAUAACACAGUGUGACUUCCCAGAGCCGUCUGUUGAGUUCUAUCAGAACAUCACAGGAUUCAAGACGUCCACCUCAGGCCUUAGUGUCGCAUUAGCCGGCGAGUGGGCGACACGCCUUGGCUUCAUACAUGACGGGGGAUCAUUCACCAUGGCUAUAUUUAGUCUGGAUGUGACCUCUGCAGUGGAGCUGGGGAAGGAUGCUGACGGGCAUCUGUCUGUCACCAGUCAACACUGUGAUGCUCGGGUCGGAGACGUGGACGUACGAUUUCGAGGUGGAGCCAGUUGGAUGUUCCAGCCUUUUGUGAAGUAUUUCAAGGGGCGUAUCAAGGGUGAAAUCGAGCGCUCACUCUGCUCUUAUGUGGAGAAAUCCAUUGCAAACUUGGAGUCCCACCUACAGGCCAUGAACGUUUCCUUUGAAGUGGGUCAAGACUUCACCUUUGACUUCCCUCUCACCGGUGCACCCGUUGUUGAUGCUUCAAGUAUGAAUCUGGGUCUCAAGGGAGAGUUCUACGAUAUCAAAUCUCACACGGAGCCUCCCUUCGUGUCCAAGCCGUUCACCAUGCCCCAGCAGCCGGGCUACAUGUUGUCUAUGGGUCUGUCUGAAUUCACCCUGAACUCGUACUUAUAUCGACUUUACUCAGCUGGACUGCUUCAGGUCCUCAUCACUGACAGCAUGAUACCUCCAUCCUUCCCUUUGCACCUGAAUACCAGCUCAAUGGGGCCUUACAUCCCUCAGCUUCCCAAGUUGUUUCCGGAUCUUCUGAUGACUCUGCUGGUUUAUGCCAGAGAGACGCCCAUGUUUUCCUUCCAGCCUGGUGUUGUAAAACUGGACUUUCAGGGCGUCGUGAAGGCGUCCGCCAUCCAGCCAAACGGUACCGAGACCCCCCUGUUCAAACUCAACGCUGACUUAAAGUCCAGCGGUAAAGUGUGGAUUGAUGGUGACAGACUGAAGGGCUCCAUGACGAUGGACAAUUUCACACUGACCCUGGCGUCGAGUGAAGUGGGAACCUUUCAGACUGUUCCUUUGGAAAAAUUAACGAAGACGGAACUGGAGCUAGGCUUUGCAAAACUGAACGCGAAAUUGGCCAACGGUUUUGUUUUACCCAGAAUGAAACACGCAGAGCUGGUCCACACAGUUCUGGGGGUGGAAGAGGGAUUUAUAGCCAUCUCUUCAGAUGCUCAGGUGUCGCUGACAGACAGAGGCUUCAACUGACAGACAAACAAGGACACCAUUCAGUAAACUAACUGGAUUUGUAUCUAUAUCUGACAACGUCAUGAUAAAAGCACCAGUGUGUUUAAAAGGCCAAGCUACAUAAUCAAAAUGUACAAAUCUACAGCCUUCAUGUCAAAUCAACAGUGAUUACGCCUGCAGUUCACCUUUAUAAAUGCAUAUAAAGGGGUAUUAAGCCUCAAACCUGAUCUUUUUUCACACAAUCCAGUAUAAAAACUAUUUUU